AGAUAAAGUUAACUGAGAGCUCUCAAUUGUUUUAAAGUUUUACAAACAAUAAAAUCCUUGGGGCACCUCGACAAGGACAGAGAGGGGUUAAAACAUGAACAUUACCGUCCAAUCAGUGCAGAGAAGAUAACAGGACAGAGGGAGCAGAUUUACUUUGUUUCAUUUAAAACCAUUGCAAAUAACUAUGAUGUUAUAUAUGUAUAGAAAAUGGAUUACCAAAUAGUAAUGAUGAUAAUGGUAUGGUUGUUUUAUUUGGUUUUGGUGUUGUUUUUUUCCUGAAGCGGAAAGGGAGAUCCCUUUCAAAACAGUAAUCAUCAUGUGUGUGAAAGGACAUAUGACACUAUAUUUUAAGCAAUUACUACCAGAAUGUCAAACAGGUUGCUGUAAUGUGUUUUUCAUACUUUUGUCCCUCAUUUAUUUAGUUCUAUGUGGAAUAUUUUUCACAGUUAUUGGAUAACAAAAAAAGGAAAGUUGGUUGCCAAAGAAAUUCAAUAGAAAAUAAUAUAUCUGUCUUGUUUAGUGGAAGCUGUGCGAUAUUGGUGGCGAUUACUUAAGAUUUUGACAACGAAAUUUUAAAAAAGUUACAUGAAGUCAUUUGUGUGUAUCUGGAUAUAUUUCUUUGUCAUUUGGAUCAAGCUUGAUCUUAAUAUACCUGGUUCCUCAGUCUCAAUCUCUCUCAGGGUGUGCCCCGCCCUUUUGUUUGUUUCACAUCGUUUCAAUUGAUGGGUGUUGUGCUAGUUGCAUUAAAACCAUUUGCAGUUAUUAUGAGGAAGACAUCGAAUGUUGGUACUGUUCAAAUGGGUUGGAUGCUGGGAUGUCUGUAAGUCAUCUCUGCGCAUACACUAAUGAUCGUUUAUGUUGUAUUCCUCACACUAUUUUUCAAGUCUCUCCAAUUACAACUGACCUGAGAAUCGGUUAUCCCCCCUCCAUGGUCUGGUGGUUGGCAAAAAAAAAAAUUCUAUUUGUUUCUAUUUAAUUUUAUUGAACAUGAUUAUAGUAAUUAACUUGAUUUUUACGUCUUUUAAAUUCAAGUCCACUGUCCAAAACCUUUUAAAAAAACACUUGAUUAAGACACCAUUUAUUUAGAGGUGUGUAGCCUUUGCAAAGAUAAGUUAUCACUAAAACAAUUGAAUUCUUCAGAAUGAACUGUGUAUGACUAUUCUCUAUUAAUUCUCCUGUCACAGGCUCACACCUCUGUCUUUAUAUUUGAAUUACAUUUUAUGAUAAGGCUAGCAAUCUCUCCCAACGUGUACUAUACAGUAUGUAAUUCUGGCCUCUGUCAAUGGAGCAGAUUUGCUUUGAGCCAACAUUUGAAAGGGCUGACUGGAACCUACCAUCCUAUACAUUGUACAGUGUGUGAGAGACCCUGCUUGGCGAGGGGCUUUGGAGCAGGCUGACUGGACAGAGCCGUUGGGACCGAGGCUGUGUGAAAGGAAGGGUGGAGUUUCCACAUCGCAUUGAGUACACACACUGCUGUCUGCAUCACUGUGCAGUACCGCCAGUCCACUGGAGAGGAGUGUCAUAGAAGGGGAGGGGGGUUGUACAACAGCAUACAGGCCGGCACAGGCUACAUUACUAUUGAGAGGGAGGGAUGAGAACGCUGAAUCAGUGAAACUGCAUUAUAGCCAGGGAGAGGGUGGGAGAGGGUGAACUGCAGGAGAGAGGGAAGGGAAAGAUAGCCGCAAGGGUGAAAGUUCAUAGGUUAAACGUUCACGGUGAGCUUGAGGUGGCCGUACACCUUGCUGCAGACCAGGAAAGGAAGCCAAGAUGGAAGGAAGGGAGGUGGUGUUGCCGACUGUGUCCCGCGUUGCACUGUGUGGUGGUACCCAUGGCAAUGAGCUGUCAGGAGUGUACCUGGUGAGAGAGCGGCUGAAGAGGAAGAGGAAGGUGGAAGAAGACCACAUCUCCGUGGUGACCGUGAUGUCCAACCCGCGUGCUGUCCAGCAGUGUCGGAGAUACACAGAGACAGACCUGAACCGCUGCUUCACCCAUGCCACCCUUAGUGGGCCUGUGACAGACAAAACCCCCUAUGAGAUAGUCCGGUCCCAGGAGCUGAACACCCUACUAGGUCCUAAAGGUAGUCCAGAGGCCAUGGACCUGGUGUGUGACCUCCACAACACUACCGCUAACAUGGGCCUGUGCCUCAUCGCCUACUCAGACUGUGACUGGAUCUCUCUUCACAUCUACAGAUACCUGCAGAGACAAAUGUCUGACAUACCUGUGAGGUUCAUUCACUUUGACCUUCCCCUCAAUGAAGCAUAUUCCCUCGAUUCUGUAGGCAAACAUGGCUUUGCGAUUGAGAUUGGUCCUCAGGCCCAUGGAGUAGUCAGGUCCAAUAUUUUAUCCACAAUGCAAGAAGGGGUCCAGCACAUGCUAGAAUGGGUCCACCUCUUUAACUCAGGUACCCAAUUUGAAGGAGGAAAAGUGGAUGUGUACACCAUGGUGAAAAAUGUGGACUACCCAAGAGACUUUGAGACCCACGGUAUUACAGCCGCCAUUCAUCCUCAACUCCAGGAUCGGGACUUCUGCCUCCUCCGACCCAAUGACCCUGUGUUCCAGACUUUCUCUGGAGAGACACUAAAGUACAAAGGGACUGAGCCACUCUAUCCAUUCUUCAUUAACGAAUGUGCGUACUAUGAGAAGGGCAUAGCUCUCUCCCUUGCAAGACAGAGGAGUGUGGGGAUACCAUCCAUCCGAUCGGAGAGAGAAGGAGAACAGGGAAAGAGGAAAAGUUCAGCAGAUGAAUUGGAGGAGGAAGAAAACAUUUAAGGGGAAAUGGAGGGGGAAGGCUAUCAGAAGCUAAUAGAAUAUGGAGAGGAGAGUGAUUCACUAAAUGGACAACACAACUGAGAGCUAAUUUCAAGUUCUUGAUAUGAAUUGUGGAUUAAAAAAAAGUUAUGUAAAAUGAGACACGUUGAUCAAAUGUUAUUAACUUCAAAUAAUAAUAAAAAAAUCAUUCAUUGAAAUGA